UGCUCCGCAAGUCAGUGAUUCGACGAUGGCCGGGGAAUAUAUCACACUGGAGAACCCGGCGACUUACCCUCGCUUCCAUUCCAAUGCCAACGGCGUGGCAAGCGGCAAGUACCGCUCCGUCCAGCGGAUCUCCACCAAACACCUCAUUCUGCUGAUCCUGCUGGUGUGCAGCACGCUGAUCGUGUCCUAUGUGUACUGGGAUGUGAUGGUGCUCACCGCCGGCGCACUGCCGCUGUCCAGAGGCACUAGCCUCGCCGUUGAUGACAUGGAGUCAUCGGGGCUGGGCAACGAAACGCUGGCCGAGAAGCUGCAUCGGGAGGUGAGGGUCCUGUGCUGGGUGCUCACCACACCCAAAUACCACAAGACGCGGGCCAUUCACAUACUGCGAACCUGGGGCAAGCGCUGCAACAAGAUCUACUUCAUGACCUCGGAACCGGACGACGAGCUGCCCACCGUGGUGCUGAGCAAGCCGGACAGCUACGAGGUGCUGUGGGGCAAGACCAAGGAGGCCUUCGUCCACAUCCACGAGCAGAUGCGCCACGAGGCGGAUUGGUUCAUCAAGGCGGACGACGACACGUACCUCUUUUUGGAGAACCUGCGCUACAUGCUCUACCCGUACUCGCCGGAGAUACCCAUCUAUUUUGGGUUCAACUACAAGAUGGUUGGCACACACCAGAAGAACGAGUCGUACAUGUCCGGCGGCAGUGGCUACGUGCUGAGCCGCGAGGCACUAAGGAUCUUCGCCGAGGGCCGAAACGACAGCUCCAAGUGCCGCCAGGAGGACGAUCAUGCCGAGGACGUCGAGAUGGGCAAGUGCCUGUUCAACUUGGGCGUGAAGGCGGGCGAUUCGCGGGAUGAGCAGCUGCGCAACCGCUUCUAUCCCAUCGCUCCCUUUGGAGCCCUCCUCUCGGGCAACGUGGGCAUGGACUUCUGGUUGUACAAGUACGCCUACUACAACGCAAGAUCGUGCAUGGACUGCCUGUCGGAGUACCCGGUGGCCUUCCACUACGUGGACAGCAAGCAGCUGUACGUGUACGAGUACUUCAACUACCAGUUCCAGCUCUCCGGAAGGACGCAGGUGGCGGAGCGGCUGCCCAAGAAGAUCCGGGAGGAGGAGCUGGUCAUUCCCGAGAGCGACAAUCCCUUGUACUAGGCAGCAGCCUCAUUCCUUCUGCCACACCGCACUCCGCACUCCGCACAGCCGCAAUCUCUAGUUUUUCAUCUUUUGCCAUCCUCUUAUUUUUUUUUCUGUGUGCUUAUCGUAUAUUUAAUAUAUUAUGGGCAUAAGGCGAACGUGACAAGGCUGCCAGAUGCUGUCCUGUUGCGACUCCUCGUCCUUGCCCAGUUUAUCUA